AUGAUGCUGUAUAGGUUUAUUGCGCUUUUACUAUGCCAGAUUGUAGCGUUAUUGACUUUUGCAGUAGGGUUUUUCCCUCAGAAGGUGGUCUUGAAGGGAGAUGCAGAUUUCAAAUUCAGUUCAGAUGCUCAUAGAAAUAUUAACAGUGGUUUUGAUCGACUUGUAUUAGUGGUAAUUGACGCUCUACGUUCUGAUUUUUUGUUUGAUAGGAACCUUUCGAACUUCCAUUUCGUCCAUGAGCUAAUGAAUAGAGGCGAGGCUUGGGGGUUUACUGCCUACUCAAACCCGCCAACUGUGACGUUACCAAGAUUAAAAGGUAUUACAACUGGUUCUAUGCCAAAUUUCUUGGAUGCAAUACUGAAUGUUGCUGAAGAUGACAAGAGCUCGAACUUAAAAGAACAAGACUCUUGGAUUCGCCAAUUCCAAAGACAGGGGAAGAAGAUACAUUUCUAUGGUGACGAUACGUGGUUGAAGUUGUUCCCUUUAGAGUUCUUCGAAAAGUAUGAGGGUACCAAUUCUUUCUUUGUUAGCGAUUUUGAGAUUGUUGAUAACAAUGUCACUAGGCAUUUACCCGAUGAGCUUCUAAAUAAAGACUGGGAUGCAUUAAUUCUACACUACCUAGGCUUGGACCACAUUGGUCAUAAGCAAGGUCCACUAUCUCAAUUUAUGCCCGCUAAGCAUAUGGAAAUGGAUUCUAUAGUCAAAAGAAUAUAUGAAAGUGUUGAUGAUCGAACUUUGAUCUGCGUUAUGGGAGAUCAUGGCAUGAAUGAGCUUGGCAACCAUGGUGGAUCAUCCGCCGGUGAAACAAGCGCUGCGCUGGUAAUGAUAUCUAAAAUGCUGAAAGAUUAUCCACUUCCUGCUGCUCAAUCUGCUGUAGAAGUUCCUUUAUUCACAGAUGAAGAUUAUCAGUACCUGACAGCUAUCCAACAAGUUGACCUAGUGCCGACGAUUGCAUCGCUUUUUAACGUUCCUGUACCUAAAAACAACCUUGGUGUCUUGAUAAAGGAGUUCCUUCCACUAUUUGAGGACCGUGGAACACUAAAGCUUAAGGAGAACUACCAUCAACUAAUGCACCUUGCUGGUAAGGACACUAAUUCAACUGAGAAGAAUAUUCAAGCAAUGUUGGAAGAAAUGAAAAGUAUACAGGGUACCCUUGCGCAUGCAGUUACUAACUAUGAUUACAAAUUAUUGACAAUCGGAGUUGCAUUGAUGUUUGUAGUCACAGCAAUAACCUGCUGGAUAUUCAUACGGAGUGUUUCGUCGGCCAGAUCUGUGUCUCUUUCAAUGGCCAUUUCGGUUCUGUUAGGAACAAGUAUGUUCAGUAGCAGUUUUGUUGAAGAAGAGCAUCAAUUCUGGUGGUGGGUCUUAAUAUCAGUAAUUGGCUACUCGUGGGUGAAUAACUUGUCUUAUUCAAAAUCGCAUUUCGUACUUAUAGUAUGUGCCAGGCUGAUUCGCGGAUGGAACAAUAGUGGUCAAAAAUAUUUCUAUGAAUACACUGCAGCAUCCCUCCUUGAUGCUCACCCUGAUAUAAAAUGGGCAAUUAUAGCCGUAACGACAAUUGUGGUUGGGACUGAAAACGCUUCCUGGGACCCAUUGUGGCUGGUGGCUUCAAUAUCAACUGCGUUUCUCUGUAUGCUCUAUAAGAGCAGCUGGGCCAUAGUUAACGGAGAGCAAGUACCCCUUUGGCUCGAAUCCGUUAUUCAUUUCAUCUUAAAAACGGAAAGCAGUGAUACCCUGAAACCACUUCUUAUCCCUGUUGCGCGGUGGUUUUUCCAGCUUGCGACUAUAUCGAUCGUAACCCAGCUGUUGUACUGCAAAUAUUAUAACAAGCAAAAUAUCAUCAAAACUCUCAGUUCCACUAUCAAUAUUGUACUAAUAUUCCAAACUAACCCUUCUAAUAUUCCACUGUUCCUCAUCUUCUUCUUAAUGAAAAAGGAACUUGAUCAUCUCCUAGAAGACCUCUAUGUCAAAGAUACUUCCUACAUUGCAUCCACUAUAUCGUUAAUAAUGGAAAACUUCACCUUCUUUCAAUUUGGGGGGACAAACUCAAUUGCCACAAUUGACCUCACAAAUGCAUAUAACGGUGUUUCUGAGAACUACAGUAUCUAUACUGUAGGUCUAUUAAUGUGCUUAAGCAAUUUCGCUCCAGUUAUUAGUUGGAUACUAUAUUCCCUAACAUGCUUCCAAAGCUAUAAAAACAAUAAAAGUUACCAAGAUGUUCAAUUAUCCCAUCUCUUCUACUACUGUAUCACAGGACUCUUCCUUUUACUAGCAUGCAUCACCUUCCGUUACCAUUUAUUCAUCUGGAGUGUAUUUUGUCCGAAAUUAUGUUAUUUUAUUGGUUGGAACGUCAUAAUUCAUGGGAUAUUAGAAAAUAUUGUCGGUCCAAUACUACUCAAGAUAGCUCAAUAA